CGGACCUAAACCAAACAACAACCCAAAUCACAAAUACAACCCAUUUCCCAUUUCCCAUUUGACCACCAUCAUCAACUAAACAUUUAAGGAGAGAGACUCUUCUUCUGCAAGAAAGAGAGAGAAACAAAGCUUACAAUCAACGCCAAAAAUGGUGACCUUCAACCUCAUGAUCACUGCUGAAGUCGAAAAUGUUUCCACCAUUCAACCAAUGGGCGGCCUUGAUGAUCCUAACUUCCUUUACUACUUCAAGGUGAAAUGUGGGAAUUGUGGAGAGGUGACUGAGAAGGAGAGUUAUGUGAUGUUGGGAGAAGUUGUUCCUAUCCCUAAGAGUCGUGGCCAGGCUAAUCUUGUUCAGAAGUGCAAGUUCUGUGGCAGGGAGGGUACUAUUACAAUGAUACCAAAAUCUGGCCGCUAUCUAACAGGUGAUGACUGUGAAGCAGGAAAGUUUGUCCCUUUGAUGAGCUUUGACUGCCGGGGUUUGGAGCCAGUGGACUACUCCUUUGGUGGUGAUCAGUGGAAAAUUGUAACUACUGCUGGUACUGUUUUCGAAAAUGUGGACCUGUCGGACGGGGACUGGGCUGAUUAUGAUGAAAAGAAGAAAAUGCCAACUUCUGUCAGUAACCUGCAAUCACGUUUCGAUGUAAUGAAGACAUGAAGCAGAGAAGGUGGUAAUAGGGAGGGUGGUGUUUACAUGCACAGUUCUUGAGAAUCAGCCACUGACAAAUGAAGUGUGAACUUAACCAGUACAUUAAAACUGCUUAGAACUAUGAAUUCCAUACUUGAAUGUCUAUGCUAGUGUAAAUGUAGCACAGCUUACUGCUUGACAAACUACUUUUCGUUUGUUGGUUAUCAAAACGUGUAUUUCACCAAGUUUCUUGAAGGCUCUUUGGCUGGCUACUUUGAUGCUUUGUGAAAUGAUGUGUUCAACUCCUAAUUCUGUUGUUUC